AGAGGAUUACGACGCUGCCGAUUCGCUAUUUCCUAUUUUGAGAGGAUAACUUCAUAAUUGGGCACAGUUAUGUGUGCAAGCUAGCGAAACGUGUCUCGACAGUAGUAUGGCAGGCUUUCCACUCAGUGCAAGGACAUACAGUGGAUCGAUUCGGAACAUGUUCGUCGUCGUUAGCUUUAAGGCAGAAUCUUGAUGUUUAUUUGUGGUAUCAUCAAAGAACAGAAUUACUCUUUCUGGAUGCUGCGUUCAUAAUCAAUCAUCCCGAGGUGCGUGAUUUCAAUAUGAGAGAUCGAGGAUGAUCCAGAUCCUCGGCAUCAUCUACUCUUUUCGAAAUCAUCCAUGAGAGCAUAAAUAGAAUUGGAAGAAGAUGGAGUCGAUGUGGGAACACGAAGACCAGCCGCAUUGGCGAGACUACCUGAUGGCCGUUUUCUUUGCCAGCUUCUUCCCAGUUGCACGCCUCUUCCUGGAUAGCAUCAUCUUUGAGAAAUCUGCGAGAAGAUUGCUAUUCUCCGGUGAGAAAAAAGUCACGAAGAAACGAUUGCUGGAGGUUAAUGAGAAGAAAGUCUCGAAGUUCACCGAGUCAGCAUGGAAGUUAACCUACUACAUGUUUACAACCACCACGCUACUUCUCUCCGCCCGUAAUGAGCCAUGGUUCGGCAAGACCGAGCAUUUUUGGAUCGAGUGGCCCAAUCACGCAAUCAAGUUCAAGCUUAAGGUGCUGUAUGCGUUUCAGUGCGGGUUUUACGUCUACAGCGUGGCUGCCUUGAUGGUGUGGGAAACUCGUCGGAAGGACUUCGGCGUGAUGAUGGCCCACCACUUCAUCACCAUCGGUCUUAUCGCUUUCUCUUACGUGCAAGGAUCAUACCGAGCGGGGAUUAGCACCCUGCUAUUGCACGACAUUAGUGAUGUGUUUUUGGAGAUCGCCAAGCUGUGCAAAUACUCACACUUUGAGGUGGGCGCCAGCGUGUGCUUUGGCCUCUUCGCCCUGUCGUGGUUCGUUCUUCGUCUCGUCAUCUUCCCCUUCUGGAUCAUCUGGAGCAUCAGCGUGGAAGUAAUGCAAUACCUGGACCUCGGGGGCAAUAAAGAGUUCAAACAGUACUACUUCCAAAGCACUCUCCUCAUCAUGCUCUUCAUCUUCCACAUCUAUUGGUGGAUCCUCAUUUGUCGAAUGCUUGUGAAGCUGUUCCGAGAUUCAGGCAAAGUGAGUGACGACGUCCGAUCAGACUCCGAGGGCGAGGACUGACGCUGUGCAUCUCGGUUGUGAAUAGCUUUGCUAUUGCCCAAACUUCAACCAUGAUUCCACUCCAGAAAGUCCAUCUUGAUCUACAACCAUGAAAUGACUUGCCCAUCUUCCAAACUCUCCUGCGUGUAUGCCCCUGCUGCCUAUUGUUGCUGGAUCUGCAGGCAACAGGGAAACACAAUGGACGAUUCAACUUUGGGCAGCUCAUUAACUCCUCAAGGUCAUGAAAUUAUCCUUGGAUUUGGUGAGUUAAAUGGAGGCAAAUUGGGUUUUGCUGUCUACAGAGAAUCCAGGUAAGUUAUCACUACUCAUCUUUGACAAGGUCAACGUCACAUGAAGUGGCUGUGUGGUGGUGAGGUCUCUUCAAACAGCACAAGACAUCAGUUAUAAUGGACUCCUACUCGUGCAAUAGUGCCGCUCAUUUACUUCAAAGCUGUUUGUGUGCUCACUGUGGUGUGAUGUGAAGCUGGCUGAUUCCUCAACUCUCCUGUAGCUAAAGCUCUUAGCCACCAGUUUUGUGUUCUCUUGAAAGUUUUGGAGUUACAGCUGUGGAUAGAUUCGAAACGUUUUUAUUUUUUUUCUUCUUUUUUUCAUUUUUGAUUCAUUGUGUUAUUCUGGAGCAUCUUCCAUUCUAUGAAACAUCCUCUUUUAUGUAGACAAUAGCCUAAAGAGCAGGUUUAGGUUUCAGUUGUUGCAUGUGUACAAUCCAAAACUGCAAUUAUUUAUUUAUUUAUUUAUUUAUUUAGCUUCCUUC